AUGGCCACCGUCUUUGCUAUCACUCCUGAGCAUGGGUACGCCCUCGCUGCCAUGGCCUUCACCGGUCUCCUCGGUCAAUGGCACGCCAUCGUUGUCGGCACUGCCCGCAAGGCCGCCGGCGUCCCAUACCCCAACGCCUACGUCACCCACGAGGAUGCCGAGAAGGACAUCAAGAAGUACCAGUUCAACUGCGCCCAGCGCUCGCACGCCAACUACAUGGAGAACCUCGCCGUCGUCUUCCCCCUCAUGGUUGCCUCCGCGCCGCUGUACCCCAUGGCCACCGCCGUCCUCGGCGGAAUCUGGUCUGUCGGACGCAUCUUCUACACCCUCGGAUACAAGAGCAGCAAGCAGGGUGACGGCGGAAAGGGAAGGUACCAGGGCGUCUUUUACAACAUUGGGCAGCUCGGGCUGUUGAUCACCGCUGGUAUGAGUGUGUACAAGAUGUGCUGCCCGCAGUAG